UUUUUUUUUCCAACGCUUAAUUAGACAUAUGUGUCUUAGAAGUUUAGAAGGUGCAGGAGGUGUAACAUGGCGUAAAAUUUCAUUGCCUGCCAUUCCGGGAAGGCCGGAAACCAGUUUUAAACGAGGCUCGUUUAUCUUGCGUAGUGUGUUACAUUAAAAAGUUGUAAUCUUUUUAACUUGACGGAACAAUGGCGAAGUUGAGAGUUGCACGGGUCAAGGAGGCGCCUGUCGUAAAAAGUAUGAAUACGUCCAUCGUGAAGAAGCAAAGAAAAAAGAGAGAUAACAAAGAAUCGUCGGAUGACGUACAUAAAAAUGAUUUAAAGAGACUGAGUGCGUCUAAUGAAGUAGCAACGGGUACAUUUACAAGUAAGGAAAAUAGUAAGAAGAAAAAGAAGCGUGGUAAUAAAUCUGAUGUAAGAGACACAGAGAGGUCAGAUGUUCCGACGAAAUAUUCGAAGGAUGAUAAAAAGAUGUUAGAGGCAUUUCGAGAGGCACAAAUUAACGCGGAUGGCAAAAUGAAACGCAAAAUGAAAAAGGAUAAACUUGAUGAAAAAAAUAUGGAUGUUCCAAGAAAAUAUCCAAGAGGUUCAAAGACAUGGAAGACAUUCCAAGAAGUACCAAUUAAUGCAAAUAGUAAAACAAAAGGUAAGAAGAAAAGUAAAGGACGAAAACACAACAUGAAUUCUGAUCGCUCGAAUAAGGAUGCUGCAGGAGUUAAUGAUGCAAAGGAAAGAAAAAAGAAAUUACAAACGUUUGUGAAGAAAUCUAUCGAUUUUGAGAAUAAAGAAAUGAAAAUUGAGAAACUUAAAAAGAUGAGUGAGAAGAAGAUGAAACGCAUGUCGGUUGAAGCAGAGGCGCAGCAGAUAAAUCCCGACAAAGUGUUAAAGCUGAAUAAGCAUAUGAUAAAAAUUAGACGAUUAGAGGAGAUGCUCGCCAAUAAGUCGGAAACGAAGAAGGCUUUAAAAGAUAAAAUAACGAUGCAGUUAAAAGCGGCUAGAUUUAGAUUUAUAAUCGAGAUGUUGUACAACAAUAACAGUUCACAAUCUAAGCGUUACUUCAAAGGAGAUCGUGAUGCUUUUAUGGCUUAUCAGGCAGGAUACAAGUGGCAGCUUCAACAAUGGGUAGUGGAUCCAUUGGACGUCAUAAUAUCAUCAAUUAGAAAACUGUCGACGGACAAGGUGAUCGCUGAUUUUGGGUGUGGUGAAGCACGACUCGCUGCUUCUGUUUCUCAUACAGUAUAUUCAUUCGACUUCAUUGCUUUGAAUGAUAGGGUGCAAACUUGCGACAUGGCUCAUACUCCAUUACGAAUGGAAAGCGUCCACGUUGUCGUGUUUUGCCUCUCUCUAAUGGGAUCUAAUCUUGGUGAUUAUAUAAUAGAGGCUAACAGGGUUCUUAAAAACAACGGUAUUUUGAAAAUAGCCGAAGUCGGGAGCAGAUUCGAGGACGUGAAAGAUUUUAUAAAACUGCUGCGUAGCUAUGGUUUUAAAAAUACAUGGAAAGAUAUCUCUCACGAUCUGUUUUAUUUUAUGGAUUUCAAGAAAGAAAAGAAUAUAAACAUGAAAAAGGAAGCUCUUCCUCCAAUUAUGCUAAAAGCAAGUUUGUAUAAAAAAGGAUAAGUUUUUAUUAUAUUAUUGACCAUAAUUUUAUUUUUUACAUAAACUUAUAGUUGUUUUGCAUAAAAAGUGUGUUUCUAUAAACUAUUAUACAUUACUAAUGUUCUAUGCUUUAUAUACUACUAUUUACUCGUAAUAAGCUUUAUAUCAAAUGUUGUUUGGAUGACUAUGGACAGUAUUCAUAGUAGAAUGAAUACCGCCCUAUGAUGUGCCUGUUUAAACAAUAUCCUAUUCUUUAAAACACAUAUCUCUAUUGGGCAGAAAUUAUAUAGUUGUAAGUGAUAAGAGAUAUUUAAUUAAUAAUAGUUCUGUGUACUGUUUAUAACAUUAUAAAAACGCAAAUA